GUUUGUUUACAAAACAACAGCAUGAGCAUAACUUGAAGUGCGAGGAGAUUUCGUCGCUGCCUUUCGGCCAACCACCACCAACUUCUUACCAACUUCUUGCCAAAGGCCAUCAUAGAUGGCCUUUUUACCAACUUCUUAGUGAAACUUGGGUGAAGCGAGUAUGUUUCUGUUGGGUUUGAUUGGAAGUAUGUUUUCAACAGCUUCUUUUAUGACCCGAAGAGCAUGCAGAUCAAGAUGCAUUGGGCCAUUUGCAUCUGGGCGAAGGUUGUUUUCCACAGUUUAUUUGAGGACUGGUUCUGUCUACAUACAUUGGCCUUAUUGUGAGAAGAAGUGCACAUACUGUGACUUUAAUAAAUAUGUGGCCUUAAAGGUGGACCAUGAUAGAAUGAAAAGCUGCAUUUUGAGUGAGCUGAAGUGCCAAUUAAAAGAAUCAUCUAUUGAGAAGGUUUCUUCGGUGUUCUUUGGAGGAGGGACACCCUCACUUGCUCUUCCAGCUACAGUGGAGGCCAUUGUUUCCUCACUGAGAGAGCAUCUGACCGAGGAUGCUGAGAUUACACUGGAGGCCAACCCCACCAGUGCCACCAGUCGGUCACUGGAGGCAUUCAGACAAGCUGGCAUAAACCGUCUGUCCCUGGGGGUUCAGGCGCUGGACGAUAAAGAGCUGCUCUGGCUGGGCCGGGACCACACGGCCGCUGAGUCGGAGGUGUGUCUGCAGCAGGCGGCUGCCCUGUUCCCCGGCCGGCUCACGGCCGACCUGCUGAUCGGCCGGCCCGGUCAGACCGCCGGCUCGCUGCGCGCCGAGCUGCGCCGGCUGCUACGCUCCUGCCACCACCACGUGGCGCUGUACCAGCUGACGGCGCCGCGCGGCACGCCUCUGGGCCGCCAGGUGGCGCGCGGCGCCGUGCGCCUCCCCUCGGCCGACCAGCAGGGUGCGCUGUACGCGGCCGCCGUGGACGAGCUCGCCGCCGCCGGACUGCGCCGGUACGAGGUGGCCAACUUCGCUCUGCCCGGCCACGAGGGUCGCCACAACUCGGCUGUAUGGCGCGGCCGGCAGUACCUGGGCGUGGGGCCGGGCGCGCACGGCCGGAUCGUGUCGCGCGCCACCGGCCGGCGCCAGGCCACCGUCCAGAUCCCGGCCCCCGAGCGCUGGAUGCGCGCUGUCGAGAGCGGCUCGGGCGGCGCGGCCAAGGUGACGCCGCUGAGCGGUGCCGAUGUGAGGUCGGAGCUGGUGUGCACCGCGCUGAGGACCCGCCGCGGCCUCUCCAGGGACGACUGGCUCGCCGCCGGUGGCGGAGAGCGUCGGUGGCGACACCUGUACCAGCACCCCGAGAUAGCGCGUUUGCAGGAGUUCGUCGAGGCCACCGAGGAGCGUCUGGCACCAACGGCGCGGGGACUGAACGUGCUGGACGCCUUGCUGCCCAACUUACUGAACGUGUUGACGUCCUAUGAUUGUGAAGUAGGGGAGGAUGAGGAUAGAGAAACGCUGAGUGGGAGCUGAGACGGUGACUCGCCUACGAUAAAUCAAAAUAUCAGGUACUUUACCUCCGUAUGAACUAUUUGAAUAGGUCGUGUUUUGUGUGCAAUGUAUGUCUGAUAUUACAUUGUGACCAUUGUACUUUUUUCUACAAAUAUAUCGUGGAAUUACC